AUGUCUAUAAACUUCUCACAAAGAUCGCCCCUUCCUCGUAUCAAGCACCUGCAAUUGGGUGAGACCAUAGGGCAGGGUUCCUUUGCGUUUGUCAAGAAAGCGUCUUUGCAAUCUGAUCCCGACAAGAUAGUAGCAGUAAAGUUUGUUCAUCUUCCCACAUGUGCCAAAUACGGGCUAGACGAAAGAGCAGUGACUCAGGAAGUCAUUUUACAGUCGAAAUGCAGCUCGCAUGUGAACGUCUUGAAAAUAAUAGACUGUAACCUCACGCAAGAUUUUCUGUGGAUUGUUAUGGAGAUGGCUAGUGGUGGCGAUCUUUUUGAUAAAAUCGAACCCGAUGUCGGUGUGGAUGUCGAAGUGGUCCGUUUUUACUUCAAGCAGUUAGUCAAUGCUCUAGCGUACCUGCACCAGGACUGUGGAAUCGCACACCGCGAUGUAAAGCCAGAAAAUAUUUUACUUGAUAAAAAUGGUAAUCUGAAACUAGCCGACUUUGGUUUGGCUUCCCAAUUCAGACGCAAGGACGGAACUCGACGCGUUUGCUCGGACACACGAGGCAGUUUGCCAUACAUGGCCCCUGAAAUUGUGUACUCUCGUGGCUACUACGCUGACAUUACAGAUAUUUGGUCUUGUGGUGUUUUAAUUUUUGUUCUUCUUACAGGCGAAACACCUUGGGCACUGCCGAAUGAAGAAGAUAGCCAAUUUCGUGAAUUCUGGGAAAACAGUGGCAAGUUGGCCAAUGGCCCAUGGGCAAAAGUAGAUUUUGCACAGCUAAACCUUCUUCGAAAAAUGUUAGAUCCAAACCCAGAUAAGCGAUCUAGUUUGAAUCAGCUGAAGUUACACAAUUGGUAUACAGCACCUAUAUCAUUUGCAGAUGAAUCUGGAAUUUGCAACGACACUCACAUUUUGACACAGAAACUGAUGAGUAGGCUUCAUAUAUCACUUACUGACGACGCAUUCUUUGCCGAUUCUUCUUCUACAGAAGUCCAUUCAAAUGACAGAGUUUUGUCGACGCAACCCGUGCAGUCUGAUAUCGCUGAGUUGCAAAGAGAUUUUUGUGAAACGGACAACUUUGUUUCUAGUCAAUAUGAGCUACCGCGGAAGCAAGAUCAGGGCAAUUUUGUUGGACAUGAAAUUGAGUGGAGCCAGCAAAUCCAGCAUGAUAUGGCAACACAGCAGUUUAAUGAUACAAAUGGAGCCGAAUUCCCCCUAAUCAGCCCUUCCAGGUUAACCAAAUUUUACUCUUUUCGGCAAAUAAAUGUCAUUCUAGAGACGGUGGAAACUGCCUUGCUAAGGCUAAAUGUACCUGUCAAGACCUUACAUCAGACAUUUCAAGAGUUACGGAAAUGUCACGGCGAAGCGGAUUUGUUUCCGAUGUCCAUCAACGUUAAAACAACUGACCGAAAGGGCUGGGUCCUGUCUGGAAACAUAAUAUUGUACAAUGUCGACGAGGGUCUCACGCUUCUCUAUUUCAACCGAAGAAAGGGUGAUCCUUUAGAGUGGAGACGAUUCUUCAAAAAAAUGAGUGUUCUUUGUCGUGAUCUCAUUUUUCUACCCCACAGAUAA